AUUUCGUUUAGCGUACCACCAUAUAGGUGGUUAAAAAAAAAAUCUGGCAAUAGGGUGAAAAAACAACAACAAAACAAAUGGAGCUGUGUACCUUUGGUUGUGGGAUGUUCAAACGCUUUAGAAAUCAAAUAAAAAGAAAAUUAAGCGCUGUAUAAUUCAGUAUUAGUUAACUAUUACUGCCUGGAUUUAAUUUAAAAAAGAAUACACGUAAGUUUACAUAAGAAAUGCGGGCCUAACGAAAUGCGUUAAGAAAAAAAAAUACGCUCCUGCUGUAUAGCAGUCUCAGUCUGCACUUUUACUUACUUUACCUACCUGCUACAUUCUACUUGUAUUGACGGGAUCAGAGCUUAAUACUUGUUAAGUUGUUUCAUAUUUAACUGCCGUAAUGCUUCCGGGUAUAAAGUUUCCAAUCAAAUAAUAUCUUCCAAUAAUAUUUUAUAUUACUAAAAAUUAAUGAUUAAUUUAAUGAAAGUAAUCUAAAUCUAAGUCUUUUCUGACUUUCUUUUGUCCAAGUGGCUAUUGGGACCCGGCUACAAGAAGUGAGAGGUUGAGAUUAAAAAAUGUUUAAAAUCUUAUUGUUUGGUUUGUAAGAUAAAACUUGGUAUCAAAUGAAAGAUAAUUGAAAGGACUAUAAUGUUUGUAAACCUUAUUUAUUCUUCAGUUUAACUAAAAUAAACUACCACAAAUCACAUCCCACUAAAUUAGUCAAAAUUGAACCAGACAUGCAUCGCAGCCAAUGUUCCCUUUAAGCUGCGCGGCCACAUAGUUAUCUCACAGAUACAGCACAGCAGUUUUGAGUAUCCGCGCAGCAAAUUUCCAUGUAAGUGUGUGUUUGUAUUUGUGGGCUGUAAAUUAUGCACACAAAAAAAAAUGAUGCUGUAAAAAUUUGCACACAACUAUAUGAUUUUGCACACGAACUAGCAAACCUUAGAGGGAACAUUGAUCGCCGCUAUUCGGACCCGGCUCCCAUUGGACUGUCACUUUAUUUUUGGAUGUCCCCCAGCUACUAAUAAUUAUAAAUUUUAGCCCCUAUAUUAAUAGUUUAUAAAUUUUAGCCCCUACAUUAAUAGUUGAUGGCUUAAUUUUUUUCCCCUCAUCAUAAAUUUGGGCCCUUUAAGUAUCCUAGGCCCACAUGAUGGCUCUAGGUAUGGCCUUUCCGUGUCCCCCUUCUUUCAUAAUUUCUUGCCACACUGAAAUUUGUGUAGUUAUUUCCCUCACUGCUGUAUUCAGGAGUUUGUGAAACCACUUGAUUUUAAGGAUUCUACGCAGGCCUGAUCAAUUUCUUUAAUAUAUACCCUUUAGUAAAGUAGGCCUACUAUUAAUAUGAAUAAAUAUUAAGGCCUGUACUGUGUAAAUUUUUAUCCUAAGUCAAGCUAGCAAAGUACUAUCUGAUCUAUAAUAAUAGUUUUCUGAGUGGAUCUUGCCCGCCCCAAGGGAGUUACUGAGUAAAAAAUCUGUAACAGUGGUUGAACUAUAAUAAUAAAUCCCUUGAAAUUAGGCACCUCUUCCUGUAUUUUACACGCGCAACAUGGUUGCCUUGCCCCCAGCUAGCUAAUAUUAAUAAUUAGUGAGGCCAAAUCAAUUUUUUAUAUGUUAAAUUAGUAAAGACUAUUCAUAUUAAAAAGGCCUGUUAACAAUAGAAACAAAACAAUCCUCAACGAAACAUUGAAUAACCUUAUUCUGUAGUAAGAAGAUGACAAAGUUGUGAUACUAAAUUUAAAGUUCAAGGACACUAUAUUGUCUAUAUUGCUAUAAUUUAUCUUUUAUUAUAAAUUUAUAAGUUGUCUUAAAGCAGGAGUGGUAAAACUUUUUGUGCUGAAGGCCACAUUGACAAAUGUAAAGCUAUUGGGGGGCCCGCACGUAUAGCCUAUUAUGUCCAAUUUUUACAUGUCGAUAAACAUUUCUCUAUAUUAAAAUCUGUAAAUUUGCAUUGUAGUAUUAGGCCUAUAUGAAAAAAGUCAAGGAUUGUUUAAAAAAACUAGAAAACUAGAAAGAAAGUUUAUCAAAAAUGUUAAAACAAUCAUAACGGUACAUGAAAUUCUGUAAAAUUCAACAAAAUAACUUAAAAAACAAUGUAAUUUUUGUUAAUUUCUAAAUGUCUUUGAGGGCCCCAUAAUAUCAGGUGCAGGGCUGCAUGCCAUAGUUUGCCCACCCCUGUCUUAAAAGAUUCAAACUAGUGGUCUUCAUGGAAACAAACAUUUCACAGGUUGGAGAUGUAGCAGAGAUAAAAACCUUAAUAUUUACAUAUAGUUAAUAAAGUAUUCCAUGUCUUGGCUUGUAAAUAUAUCAUCUAUAAUAAUAAAAUAAUGAUUUGAUUUUGAAGGCUUUAACUAUAUAGGUUUAGAACUCACGACUUAUUUGGACAAAUGUCCAAAAACCAGUCCUGUACUGGUAAAAGCAGUAUGAAUGUUCACCUUAUCAUUAUUUAUAUAAAAAGUCUUGAACUCUUGUGAUAGCAAUCUGUUCUGGUAAAAGCAGUGUGAAUGUUUAUCUUAUCAUUAGUUAUAUAGAAAGUCUUGAACUCUUGUGACAGCAAUAUUUAAUUUAAAAUAAAGCUAUUCAGACUUGCAGGAAACUUGAGCAGACUGAUAAGAUAGUUGAGAACCACCGACUUAAAUUAUUGUAUAAUUCACCAGAAGUAGAUAUAGGCUGGUCUCAUUAACACUUAGGCUACGCCAUCACUUUUUAAACUGAUUACCAAUCAAACGCCCUUUUGUGACAUCAAUACAAUUAUAGUGUUUUACUAAUUAGUAUUCUACAUUUUUAUGAUUUUUUUUAGGCUUAAAGGAACCGAACAACAAUGUCUAGCUUUGACCCAGACGACCAAGAGAUGAGUAAAGAUGGUGGCGAAAUGACAAAGUACUCAAUUAAUAGACUGGAGCUUUCGAUUAAAAAAUUUGUAAAGGUUCUUGAUAUUGAUUUGGACAGAUUAUAUAAACACACAGUCAGCAUUACUAGGGUAAGAGUCUGCAUUCAUUAUCAUUUCUAAUUUAUUAUUAAAAUGGACAAUAAAAUAUUGUUAAGAAUGAUUAUGAAGACUACAUUGCAUAUUAAUUUUUUUAUUUCUUUCCCCCACAAGCUCACCAAUGCUGAAGAUUGGAACAACUUACAUAAAGAGCAAGUUAAUGCAUCUCGUACAAUUCAACAAAUUGAAGCAAACAUUCGUGAAAUUGAAAAAGCUAGAAAUCAGGUUUGUGACAUGAAAUCAAAUUUGUGACAUGAAAUCAUGUUUGUGACAUGAAACAGGUUUGUGACAUGAAAUCAGGCUUGUGACAUGAAAUCAGGCUUGUGACAUGAAAUCAGGUUUGUCACAUGAGGUACUACGAAAAACUUUCAAAGAACACCAGUUAAUAAAUUGUCUUUGGUUAAAAUUUGUGGCACUGCAGUAAAAAAAAAAAAAGUGCUUAAUAUUUCAAACUAAUUUAGUGAUGCAAGUGAUUUUUAAAAUAAUUUUUAUAUAUUGAAAAAGACUGCUUUAAGAAAGCAAGUUAUGUAGCACAAAUAAAUCUACCACAGCUUAAUCACAAGAAGAAUCCUAUCUUAUCUUAAUGACCCUGAUAAUUUAUUUGAACAGGUGAAAGAUGAGGAUCUGGUUCAUUUUGACCAAAGGGUGAAAGACGUCAAGGUCAAAGCACUGGAAGCCAUGAAAGAGUUUUUAAAGUUUGCUGGCAACCAAAAUGCAAGAACAGGUCACCAGGAUUAGAAUCGCAUUUAUAACAUUUGAUUGAUUUUUGGUAGAAAAAAUUUCUGUUUACAAAUUUAGGAUUUAAAAAUUGUAGAAUGCUGUGUUUUAUUUCAAAAGCUUCAUGAUAUUUUACUCCAUGUGUUAAGGACAACAACAAAAAAGAAAAAAUUGGUUUAUUUCAAAUUUGUUUAAGUUUAUCUUUGCAUAAUUAUCUGAAAUCAGUUUCAAUCAGCAAGGAUAAGUGUUAGCUUGACAUUUAUGGUCGUUAUAUGUAUCCUUUUAUUGAUAUUUCAGAUCUUCCCCAUGGGUCACACGAUCCUGGAGACAAAAUCACACAAGAGGCACACCAGGCAGUCCCCAGGUCACCUGAGAGAGUACACACCAGCACAACACAAGGCCUUGAAGAUGCGGUUGAUGCACACGAUGAUACACACCCACCGUAUGGUAGCUUAACCGCUGAGUUUUCAAGACAAGAGUUGGUAUUGCACGUGGUACCUCAAAACUCUGAAGCAUCUGCCUCAUGGGAAGAAUUGCAGGAGGUACAAAAUUUAAGAAUUAAAAUUUUUAAGUGUUAAAAUAAUUACCAAAACUAGAGAUGACCAGUAAAUAGUUUGGAAGUGAGAACAAAAUAUUAAAUUUUUUGACCAAUCAGAAUGUUAGCAAUGAUUUACUUCUAGAUGGGUUCAUUAUUAAAAAUGCACUUAGUAAAUGCAUUGUCGAUGGACAAAAUUUUUUUUAUAACAUUGUUUAAACAUUUUUUAAAAUAUAUAUCUAUGGCUACAAAAUGCAGUUUAUUUACACAUGCAUUCAAAGACCUUGCAUGUUUUUGUUUUUUUGCUUCAGAACAUCAUGGAAUUAAAUGGCUUGGUGCAUCAAUUUUCCGAUAGAGUUGAGGUUUGUUGCAAAGUUUUCAUUGUUUUUAUUUUUUUAAGACUGUAUCAAAUUUAAAAAAAAAAUUUCUAAUGAGCUCAUACUUCUGUUGAUAGUUAUUUAAUUUAGAGUACAAAGGCCCACAAAAAAACAACAACCUAGUUCUUGAUGCCUUGAAACUUGAGGUCUGUUCCUAGUGUUAUUUGGGGCAGUGAUUCUGAAUAUUGCAUUGUAUUUAUCACAACAGCUCUAGUUGUUAAGAUAAUCAUGAGUUCAUUAAGAAUUAACUUUCACUACAUAUUUAUAAGGUCAAUUUUGUUGAAUAAGGAUAUUUGAAAAAAAAAAAAUCAGUUUGAAUGUGAAAUGUCUGUAUUUAAAUGACCAACAUUUGGUGUGCGUGUGUUUAAGGACAUUUGUCUAAUCACCUUUUACAAAUUGUGAUGCAAUAAAAUUGAUAAGGUGAAGUGACGAAAUCAACUUUAGUCUGCUUUAUUAGCCAAAUAUCUGCCAGAGACUGAGAUGUCAAAUCAUGUCUGAGUCUUCCAAACACCCGAUCGGUUAAAAAAGCUGCACACAUAUUUUAAUUGCAACACAUAGGAAAUCUGUAAGGGUUUGAAACAAAAACGAACAUACUACAGGUUAUUUUGGAAUCAAGAGAAGCCAUGGGCUCCGCAUUAUGUAUGCGAAAUGUAUACAUAGCAGUUGCUCCAGCAGAUGAAUGCUUGCUUCCAGACUUGGGGGGAAAAAUGCACUUCAGCCUGGAACAAACAUUACAGGGGAUAGAAGGAUAUUAGUAUUUCAUUUACAGAAGACAAAUAUUUAGUAUUGUUCAUUGGCAUCAGAAACCUUAUGAAGCACGUUUUUUGUUUCAGAGAAUAACUUGAGUGUUUGCUGUCAUAGACUGUCAAAGAAUAGUUUGAAAUGUAUUCUUUUAAUAAAUGGCAUCAAAUAGGGUUCUUUUUUCAUAUCGGUCAAUCCUGAGGAUGAAAAAAGAAUACACGCCAUCUCUUUAUUCUUUGAAAAUAGAUCAAUUAAUAUUUUAAAAAUCUUUGGGUGAUAUGUGUAGACUUGAAACUAUCUCCCCUUCCCCCCGCCCCCUCUCUCCCCCCUUGUUACUAAGGGGCUGCUCUGGUAUCCUUGGGUUUUAUGUCUUUUGGGAAUGUAGAGCCAAACAUGAACAUUGGGCAAGUAAAGAUUGACGGCCUUCGAAGAAAUAAUGGUAGCUGGAGGAAAAUAAUAAACUUUUCAGCUUUAGUAACACAAGAUAGAAUUAGAAUCAUUCUACUGCAAUUGUAAAUAAAUCUAGACCUGUCUGAUAAAAGUUUACAAAUGCAUUUAAUAAAGCAUUCAAUGCUCAUCACAUAGGGACGUCAUGUUUAAAAAUGACACAUGUUCAGUAUGUCAAAAACUGGAGCUGAUAUGGGAAAUCUGGUGCCAUUUUUUAGAAUGAGUGGGUCAAAUAUAUCUAGAAGCAGGUCUAACACUUAAAACACCAAUUUUUGUGUUGGCCAUUGUUAUUUAUUUUAAAAAGAUAAUAUAUCUACUUCUUUUUUUUCGUAUCACAGAAUAAUUUUUCAUUUUGUGAAAACUAAUUUCUUACACCAGUAAUUGUAUGAACUAACUUACUAUACCAGUACCUGUAUGAACUAACGUCUUAUUCUUGUGCUAACUAACUUCCUUGACCAGUGUGAACCUACUUCCUAUCCCUGCAUGAAAUAACUUUAUAUAUCUGCAUGAAUUAACUUUCUGUACUGGAUACCUGUAACUGCAUGAACAACAUUUCUUCUUUUAAAUUUCAUUGUUCCUACUUAACCCUAUUGUUAACUCAGAGAUUAUCUUAGCUAAUAUUUGUAUUGUUCUCUUUGGUUUAAAUUCCAAUAUUUUUAAUUGUUUUUUUUUGUCCCCCUUUUUUUUUUUACGAAGUCAUGGCAGACCGCUGCUACGAUAAAUUAUGAACCAACUUUUGCAUGAUCAUUUUUAAUUUUGUUUGUCCCCCACAUCAGGAACAAGGGGUGAUAAUCACAAAUAUUGAAGAAAACAUUGAGAGCAGCCAUCAGAACAUCAGAGAAGGAACUCAACACUUGGCCAAGGUCAGGUCAAGAUUUUAACAUUUCUUGUGGUCUACACGAUUUCUCCAUUGUGUCAACUCCUCAUCCUCACACAAAUUACAGUUUACAUUUUCAAUAUGUCUCAUCUAUAUGAUCCUAAAAUUGAAACCUUAAUGAUAAUUGUACAUUUUAAAAGAUAUUUAAAAAUUUUUUUACAAUUUUAUUAUAUUAUUUUUUUACAAUAAAAUAAUUUUUUUUUCAAUUUAAAAAAAAAAAAAAGGUUAAUAUUUUCACUUGUGGAUCACCUUAUUCAAGGAUUUGUGUCAAUUUUUCUCUUUUGCAGAACUUUAAAAAUAUUUACAUUUCAUUCCUAUCAUCUGAAAUUCUCUAGUCAGGCUAUCCAACCAAUCAACCCAAUGAACCUUUUUUUUUUUUUUUCAUUUUGAUGUGAUUGGUAAAAAAACUGUUGCAUUCAUCAAUUUAUAAACUUAAAGUUGCUCUCUGUCUGUAGGCUGCUAGUUACAAGUCUGCCCUGCUGCCAGUAGUUGGUGCUGUCGUCGGUGGUGUUGUUGGAGGACCAAUAGGUUUUGUGGCGGGGUUGAAGCUUGGGAGUGUUGCAGGUGUUGCUGGAGGAGUUGUAGGUAGGACAAAGCUCGACAUCGUCAAGUCUGUCACGCAUAUUUGUAUAACCUAUCGCACCAUGUGUUUCAUAACAUCGCAUCAUACAAGGAUGUCAGCAAAAAAAAAAAAGCUUUUCCAAACUACCCACCCUCCCAGUUGCUGUUGUCUGCAUAGAAUGCGAAAAGCCAGGAAGUAUUAUCAUGGUUAUAAAGAGCACAGUCACUAGAUUUAAACUCUAAGUCAUAAAGUCAUUCCAUCAGUCAACCAGGCCUGUGACUUAGAGAACAUGUUUUAAAACCCCAAACUCAUAUUGUUUACAUUUGUUGACCAACAGCAACCGAAAUUAUUUCCCUCAUGAAGUUUUUAGUAAACCCAUUCGCUACUAUUGCGACCAAAUGCGACAUACCCGCCUCGCUACUAAUGCGACCGAAUGGGUCAUGACGCCUAGCAACGUACACAUAACAUACGAUAUCGCGAGAAGCAUUGUUGCCUUGCGAAUAGCUUUGGGGAUUUAAGGAAGUGGGAAUAGAGCUGCUUCCGUUUAAAAAAAACGGAUGUUUCUACCAUUUACGGUUUGAAAGCUGCGUGGUGUUAAAGUCGGUCUAAGCUUAGCGAAUUUGUGACUCUGUUUUGUGAAUUAUUUUGCAAUGGCUUUUCAAUUUCUUGACUUUUUGAUUGCUGCCUCCACUUCUAAUUAUCAGGUAGAUAAUAAUUCUGACAAUGAGGAUGAAUCAGACAUUGAUAUUGAUCCAAACGCAUUAGAUUCAGAAUCAGAAAAUAAUGACGAUGAAAGUGACGUUGAUGAUAGCGACCCAGACACUGUCACUGAGUCUUGGUCAGACAAUUUGACCAGUGUAACAGAUAAGAUGGAAAUAUUUCGUGAGAUAGAAGGUGGCAUCCAUAACCUUCCUAUUGAAAGCAAUCCAAUUGACUAUUUCAAACUGUUUUUGACCGAUGCCAUGGUGGAAAUUAUUGUAGUGGAAACCAACAGAUAUGCUGAGCAACAGCAGACUGCUAAGGGCCGAAAAGACACUCAGUGGAAGGCCGUCACUAAUGAGGACAUUUACAAAUUUUUAUACAUCAACAUUAUGUUUGGGCUCCAUAAAUUGCCCACUACUAAAUUGUACUGGUCCAGUGACAAACUAUGGAGGGUUCCUGCAGUUGCAGAUGUUAUGGGGCGCACCCGAUAUGAAAAAAUACGUCAAUAUUUUCAUAUCACGAACAGCGAACUCACUCCUGCCAAAACUAGUGUCAACUAUGAUCCCCUGUUCAAAGUCAGACCCCUACUGGACCAUAUUAGGAGUGUGUGCCAAACAGCGUAUAAACCACAACGACAGCUGUCAGUGGAUGAGGCAAUGGUUGGAUUUCGUGGCCGAUUAUCCUUCAAACAAUACUUGAGCAACAAGCCAACUCCAUGGGGCAUCAAAAUUUGGUGCUGCGCAGAAGCCAAAACCGGUUAUGACAGCUGUCAGUGGAUGAGGCAAUGGUUGGAUUUCGUGGCCGAUUAUCCUUCAAACAAUACUUGAGCAACAAGCCAACUCCAUGGGGCAUCAAAAUUUGGUGCUGCGCAGAAGCCAAAACCGGUUAUAUUCUUAACUUCCAAGUCUAUACCGGCAAAAAUAACAAUCCAUCAGAGCAUGGACUCGGAUAUAAUGUUGUCAUGAACAUGAUGGAACCAUACCUGGAUAGGUACCAUGAAGUUUUUUUUGACAACUUCUUUUCCUCCCCCAAACUCGCAGAGGACCUCCUACAACGGAAGACGUACAGCUGUGCAACCAUUAGACCUAACAGAAAAGGCUGGCCACUACCCAAAUCAAAACAGAAGAGGGGUAGUGUCAAAAUUAAACAGAAGGGUCUAAUGGUUGCCACACAAUGGACUGACAAACGGCAAGUCAACAUACUUUCAACAAAUUCUGACCCGGUGGUUACCACAGUGCAACGCCGGUCGAAACAUGGAAUGGUGGACACAGAGAUCCCAAUGCCUGUUGUCAACUACAACUCUGGUAUGUUUGGUGUUGACUUGUCAGACCAACAUCGUGCCUACUAUCCUGUGGGAAGAGCAUCUACGAAGUGGUGGAGGUAUCUCUUUUGGUACAUCAUAGACCUCUCAAUGGUCAACAGCUUUCUUCUGGUAUGUUUGGUGUUGACUUGUCAGACCAACAUCGUGCCUACUAUCCUGUGGGAAGAGCAUCUACGAAGUGGUGGAGGUAUCUCUUUUGGUACAUCAUAGACCUCUCAAUGGUCAACAGCUUUCUCUUGAUGAAAAGCGCCAAACCAACAGAUGCCGCAGACUCUCCUGCCAAAAAUCAUCUGCUAUUUAGAAAAGCUGUUUUGGACCAGCUUUUGACUGGAGCUACACAAAGCAGGCAACCUGACACACCAAGUGUCUCUGGCAGAUGCAGCCCGUACAACAGCCAGCACAUGUUAAGCCCAAUGCCUGGCCGCAAACGAAGGUGCUACCAGUGCUCUGUUGAUGGCAACAAAAUGGACAGCGGUAGAACCAGAGAGACAACAACGGGCUGUCAUUUAUGUCAGGUCCACCUACAUAAGGGCUACUGCUUUUCAAAGUUCCACGAAACACUUAAACAAUAAUAAAUGACAAACAAUGGGGGGGGGGGGUCAACGCUAAGAAAAAGCUGUGUAAAUUUGAAAACAUUUUUUCCAGAAUUUAUUUAAAAUAUAUUUGUCAAUUAAAGUAUACAAACCUAUGUAUUUUUAGAAAGGUAAUCCAAUUUUCUAUUUUUUAAUGUAUGUCUUGUCAUUUUAAAUUGAUGUUUAGUUGUUUAAAAACAUUUUUAUUUAACAUGGGGUGCAUGUUUUUGAGAGUGAUCUCCCCUUGCUUAGUAUUUCAGGGUGUGUUUUGGUGUUAGUGGUUAGUAGCGAAUGGGUUAAGGUCUCGGUUUUUUAAAGUUUAUAAUUAUUUCACAAAUAUAUCCGCCAUAUAGGACGUCCACACGCUUAAAAUUUUUAAACAUGCUGGAAUUCACCAAUGGCCUUAAAGCAACAUAUUACAAAAAUUCUUGCUUGUGGACAUCCGCAAGAUCCUUUACAACCCCCUUCCCACUUUUACCCCCCCCCCCCUUCAAACAUCCUGUAUGAGCGACCCCUUUUUUCCAUAUUGGCAACUCUCAUGUUCUCAGUAAACUUUAUUAAAUCUGGCUAUGUCCAUCAGGUUACGCAGGCGGACGGUACAUAAAGAAACAUCAAGAGAAGAUCUCCUCAGUGGAGCUGAGCAACCUGAGCGACAAACGGUCAGUGUCCCUCUCGGAUCUGCCGCAAGAUCAAGGGAAACAACAGGAGACACCAUCCCAGACUGCCACAGGCAAUGACCAGCAAGGCACAACACAUCCAGGAGAAGACAAUGAUGUGUUCUCUAAUGUCACCUCAUCUUUUAAACGAUUUUUUUCAUUUUCUGAUGAAUAGAUGAAAAAAAAUAAAAACACCCAAGAAAUAUCCAGACUUGUUCUGAACCGGGUGUGGAUGGCCCGUAUAAUCAAAACGAUGGAUAAUCCAUGACUUUUAUUAUUCAUUCGGCCCUGCAGGGUCGGUUGCGUAGAUCCUUCCCUAUUGCACUGUGCCAGGUCUUGUUUUCAAAUGAGCUGGCCAGCUAAAUGCUGUUCUGGGAAAAAUAAGCCAUCUCACACAAUAUUAUUAUGAAGCUAAACAGACCUGUUUACCCCAAAACUCUUAAAAUCGUACAAUAUCAUCACAUAAUCGUUCAAUACAUUAUCUUAACAGUAAAAAAACACACAGUGUAUAUAAUGCACACACUCAAAAUCAUACAUUGUACGACAAAAUUGUAAGAGUAAACAGGUCUGAGCUAAAUGAGAAAAGUGUUCCGUAUGAAAAAUUAUUGCCAAAGUUUUGUUUCAAAGAUUUGAUCAGAAAUUUUUAUGUCAUUUUAUUUUUGAUGUGCUUUUUUGUUUUGACUGGACUCAAAAUUUUCCAAUAUAGUGAUGCCUUGUUUCCUUGCCAACAUACACUGUACAUAAUUAAUUUGCAUGAUACAUGUUCAGAGAACUGAAUAUCCUGGCAUGUCAGAAUUUUGUACUGUAAAUAAACCAUAGUGCACAAAGAGUGGGAUCAAAGAGUGUGACCAAAGAGUGCUGAAUGCCUAUGAGAAUUGUUAGCUGUCAUGUCCCUGUGUAGUAUAUUUCUUAAUGCUUCCAAACUGAAUGCAGUCCUCCUCAUAUUACACUAUUUCCAAAGCUGCUGUUUUCUUGCAGCAGGUUGCUUGCUGUGCACUCCCAACUUUAUGUUUCCCUGCCAAGCUGAAGUUGACCUAACUAUGUAAUCUUAUGUGCUUGACAUCAGCAUAGCGCAGAGAAAAAAAUUUUUUUGUUCAUAUCUGAUUUAAUUACAUCUUUAGGAGAAAUGUGUCUGCACGUUUAUAAUAAUUUAUAUGCAUAUUAUUUUUUUUUUGUGGCAGACAGCUUAACUUUGUUAAAAUAAUAUAACUUAUACCGUGCCUGUUGUUUAUUGCUUAUUGCUAUUAUUACAUUUCUUGCAUUGAACUUCCUGUCGCUCUAAACCAAUUUCUGUCCUCUACACUUCAUCAUGUCUUGCUGUCCCUCACUAGGGAUUCUGUGUAUGUAAGAAGUCCGUGCUUCAGAUUCAUGCAUUCAUCAUGAUCAUAUGUAUUUUGUUCAAAUUUUUUAAACUGCUAUUUAUAUGACCUGUAAUGAAAACAAUUCUGUGAUAAAAUGUCUUAUGUUUAUCUCUGCCAUAAAAUGUGUUCUUAAAAACCUUUAGUAGCCCCAAGUUGAUGGUCAUAAGUUCUUGUCUACCAACAGGAAACAGUUUCUAUCAUGCCUGUACAAUAUAAAAAGCAAUGCUUAACAUUACACACAGAAAACAGGGGAAAUAUCCAAUGGGAACAUAGCACACAUAUUUCAGAGAUUUCAUAUUAAUAAUAUAGUACAGUUAAUUUUUUAAAAUUUGACAAAUAUCUUGAUAAACAUUUUUAAAAAAACAACAUUACAGGUUUAUUCUGUCGGUUGUAAUCUAACUUGGACAGAUACUGCUAUUUUGUGUAGAGAGCUGAUUUUCAAUGACACACCACGUUAGCAGGUUGUAAUCUAACUUGGACAGAUACUGCUAUUUUGUGUAGAGAGCUGAUUUUUAAUG